AUGUCGGUCAUUUCGAAAAACGCGUACGAGCUUCUCGGCAACACUCACGAUGAAGACUCUGACAAAGAGCCCGAGCCACCUGUAAAGGUUAUUGACAAGACUCCUGCACGAACAACCAAGCGCAAUGCUGGCGGAGAGGCUCCUGCGGCAAAGACUGCUGGAUUCGAGAACCGAGGCAAUAACACUCGCCGAAACGCACCCCAAGGCAAUGAAGGAGCUUUCCGUGAUCGUCAAGCCGGCAGUGCUAACAACCGAACGAAGCCAACUGGCGAGGCACAACAAGACCGCCCAGCGAGAAACGACCGUACCCCAGGAAGUUACGGCGGAAGAGGCCGUGGAGGAGCCAGAACCUUUGACCGACACAGCCGUACUGUGGGAGGCGAAUCCGAAAAGCAAGCCGCACAUGGAUGGGGCGCCAACGAGGGUGAGGCCGAGCUCGCUGACGAGACUGCUGGAGAGGCUCUCGCAAAGGCAGACCAAAAGGAUGCUUUGACUGGUGAUGCACCAGCCGAUGAUGCGCCCGUCGCCGAGCCAGAGCCAGAGGACAACAGCAAGUCUUACGAAGAAUACCUUGCUGAGCUUGCUGAGAAGAAGCUUGCUCUUGGUGCCGGUAUCCCAGAGGCUCGUAAGCCAAAUGAAGGCAAGCAGGACAAGAAAUGGGCCAACGCAAAGCCUAUCGCCAAGGAGGAUGAGGAAGACUUCGUUGCUGGCUCCGGUGGCAAGACCAAGCGUGUUCGUGAGCGCGCCAAGAAGGAAGUUGUCGAGAUCGAUCAACGCUUCGUCGAGGCUCCUGACCGUGGAGGACGUGGAGGUGGGUUCCGUGGUGGCCGAGGACGUGGUGAUGGACCAUCCCGAGGCGGCCGUGGUGACGGUAACUUCAGAGGUCGUGGUGACCGAGGUGGACGUGGACGUGGUGAUGGAAGCUUCAGAGGUGCCCGAGGUGCCCCACGAGGCGGUGCCGGAUCCGCAUCCAUCAACACGGAGGAUACCAGCGCCUUCCCAGCACUUGGAUAG